GUUUCUGCAAGUAUCUAGAAUUGCAAGAUCAGAGGAUGGAGGAGAAUUUUGGCAAGUCACGCAAAAAGAAAGCCUCUGCACAAAAAACUUCCAUCCCUCAAACUCAAGGGGACACUUUGAAAAGGAUGCAAGUAGCGCAGAAGGCUUCUUCCAUAAGAGGUCAUGAAAUGGAUGCGUCUACUCCUGGAGAUGACUAUCGGGCAUUGAGGAGAAAAUAUUUGCUGCUAGAAGAGGAAAGUUUCACACUUGGGAAAGAGUUGAUGGAAGUUGAAGAUGACAUCAAAGUUCUCGAAGAGGAGAAGUUGGGACUUCUAGAUGAGCUUGUUGUGUUAGAAGGGUUAGUUGACCCUUCAGAGAUUCAACCCCAAAGCCAAAGAUUACAAUAAACUGGCUUUCAAUACCCAUAUGGCCAUAUGAUGAUCAGUAUGACAGGAGGUACAAUUGCACAACACUAAUUGUUGUACCAAUGGUCUUAAUAACAUUAGAGUUUACUCAUUCUAAAAUCAUGCUAUGGAUGUACAUAUUCUUCAGUCCACAAAUAUUUAUGUCAAUAAGACUAAAUAAGGGAUUUAUCAUGUGUGCAUUAUACUAGCGUACUAUUCGGUAAAUAUUUACUAUUGGGAAAAACAGAUCAACUUUUCAAAGGGUGUGAAUAGAUUUGGUUGACAUGAUGUUUGACCCG